CAGAUGCUUCCUCUGCUGUCAUCUUAAAGUUACACGGUAUCUCAGCUCCGCACGGCUCGGCUCCCUCAUCUCUGAACCUCUGGAGACACAGCAUGUUGUGAUAUGGGAUGGGCUUGGCAGAAAGCAGCCUGAUUCGCUGUUGUCUCCGGAUACUAAAACCCACGCACACAGCUCAUGUCAGUCUCCUCUGUCCAUGCUACUGCACCCGUAUAGCAGCAAGUCGGUGCUCGAUUGGUUUGGUCUGGAGAAACCAUGGCAGACCUAGAGGAUAGUGUUACAAUUCCCGAGUUCAACUACCUUCUCCAAAUGGAUCCCUACCUCAAGCCGUACGAGAAGGACUUCAAGAGGAGGUAUGAUCUGCUACAGAAGCAGCUCUUACAGCUGGAAGAGGCAGAGGGAGGCUUUGACCAGUUCACACGCAGCUACAGGACCUUUGGUGUGCAGCGACGGCCUGACAACAGCCUGUUCUUUAAAGAGUGGGCUCCGGCUGCAGAGGCCCUCUUCCUCACCGGUGACUUCAAUGGCUGGGACAAAUUCUCCCACCCUUACACCAAGAAAGAAUUUGGCAAGUGGGAACUGAUUCUUCCGCCCAAGCAUGACAAGUCUCCAGCUGUGGAUCAUAACACCAAACUCAAGGUGGUAGUUCACACUAAGGAGGGUGAACGACUGUACCGGCUCUCGCCAUGGGCAAAAUAUGUGACCAGGGAGGAGAAAUCUGUCAUCUACGACUGGGUUCACUGGGAUCCCCCUCAGCCUUAUAUUCAAAUUCACCCUCGGCCAAAGAAGCCCACGAGCCUGAGAACAUACGAGGCCCACGUGGGCAUCGCUUCACCAGAGGGAAAGAUCGCCUCGUACACCAACUUCACAACCAACGUGCUGCCUCGAAUAAAAGACCUGGGUUACAACUGCAUUCAGCUGAUGGCUAUCAUGGAGCAUGCCUACUAUGCAAGUUUUGGUUAUCAGGUUACAAGUUUCUUUGCUGCUUCAAGUCGGUAUGGUACCCCAGAUGAGCUGAAGCAGCUGAUCGAUGUGGCUCAUUCGAUGGGCAUUGUGGUGCUGCUGGACGUCGUUCACAGCCACGCCUCCAAGAACACAGGAGACGGCCUGAACCGGUUCGAUGGCUCCGAUUCAUGUUUCUUCCACUCUCCGCCCAGAGGGGAGCACAGCCUCUGGGGCAGCCGCCUCUUCAACUAUUCCAGCUGGGAAGUGCUGCGGUUCUUAUUGUCAAACCUGCGCUGGUGGAUGGAGGAGUACCGCUUUGACGGCUUCAGAUUCGAUGGUAUUACCUCGAUGCUGUAUCAUCACCAUGGCAUUGGCACUGGCUUCUCAGGAGACUACAGCGAGUACUUUGGCCUUCAGGUGGACGAAGACUCACUGGUUUACCUGAUGCUUGCCAAUCACAUCCUUCAUACACUUUAUCCUGACUGCAUCACUGUUGCAGAGGAUGUGUCAGGGAUGCCUGCUCUCUGCAGAGGACUGGAGGAGGGAGGACUUGGUUUUGAUUACCGACUGGCUAUGGCCAUUCCUGACAAGUGGAUUCAGAUCCUGAAGGAGUUAAAGGAUGAGGACUGGAGCAUGGGCAAUAUUGUCUACACACUGACCAACAGACGCUAUGGCGAGAAAUGCAUCGCGUAUGCCGAAAGUCACGAUCAGGCUCUGGUUGGGGAUAAGACUCUGGCUUUCUGGUUGAUGGACAAGGAGAUGUACACCAACAUGAGCUCUCUGAUUCCCAUGACACCUAUCAUUGACCGCGGCAUGCAGCUGCAUAAGAUGAUCCGCCUCCUCACUCAUGGUCUGGGUGGAGAAGGCUACCUCAACUUCAUGGGGAAUGAGUUUGGCCAUCCUGAGUGGCUGGAUUUCCCCCGAGAGGGGAACAAUCAGAGUUACCACUAUGCCCGGCGGCAGUUUAACCUGGUGGAUAUGGAUCACCUCCGCUACUGUCAGCUCUACGCCUUUGACCGGGACAUGAACCGCACCGAAGACAAGUACGGCUGGCUGGCUGCCCCACCUGCCUUUGUCAGCGCCAAGCAUGAAGGGGACAAGGUCAUUGUGUUUGACAGGGCAAAUGUGCUCUUUAUCUUCAACUUCCACCCCAGCAAGAGCUUCCAGGACUACAGGGUGGCUGUAGAAGUUCCAGGAAAAUACAAAAUCAAGCUGGAUUCAGAUGAGGUUCUGUAUGGAGGUCACGGACGGCUGGACCACAACACAGAGUUCUUCACCGAGCUGCAGCCCUUCAACGGGCGCUCCAACUCCAUGAAGGUCUACAUCCCCUGCAGAACAGCUAUUGUCCUGGCCAACGAGGAGAUAGAUUACUGUUAUUAGAGGAUGAUUGUCUCCACAGAGACCAGGAUCGAGAAUGGAUUCCAACGCCAACUGAGUGUUAGCAAUCACCUUCAUCUUAAAGUGUCAACCUUGCACGCCACCCAAACCCACUUUUGUGUGUCCAAGUCUUUUUCGAAAUGGGGGGGGGGGGGGAUUGUGAGCUUGUGUGCUUUCAAACACCAUCUGCAACCUUAGAUGCUGUGUAACCCCAUUUACUACAGACUGGUCCAUUUGGGAAGCGUCCAACAUAACCAGCAGCUAGAUGCUAAAACUCCAAACCCUGCCGAGUCCAUCCACCACUAGCCAGCAGCCAUUUAUAGGCUCUGUUGAAUUUGGCGUGUCAUCUGAAACACAUGACCAGCAACUGUGACAGAGGGAAACAAUAUACAGCAAGCAUUCAAUUAUUAAAUCAUGAUAAAAGCUCAGAGAGAUAAAAAAAAUAUAUUUUGGAAUGUUAUUUUGAUCACAUUUUCCUUGGUUUAAUAAUUUUUUAUUUAAACACAAAUAAUAUUAUUGUGUCACAGACACAAAGAGAUUUAUUGUAUUACCAGCACUUGAAAAUCAAAACGUCCAAGUAUUUAAUCUUUGAGGAUCCAUCUUUGUUAAUUUGCAUUGUGGGACAUUGUAUGUAUAAAAAUCUUGUAAUUUGCACAAAGUAAUAAGCUGCUUUGAGUUAUUAGACUUUUAAUGGGUAUCUAAAACAGUUGUGUUGUAAUGUCUGAAUUUAUGCAGCUACUGGGAGCAUUUAUGUGGUUAUUUAUGGCCCGGUUAUUAAGCCAGUAAUGUGCAGCUAACGCAGUGAUACAAUCACCUAAUUUGGAUUGUUCACAGCGUGUUGCAUAAUACACAAGUAACAUUUUCAGCUGAAUUACAGUUUUUUUCCACUUUGCCUAAAGUAAUGCACAGUUUUCUCCUACAGUAUAUCACAUUUAAGUCAUUUAUGUCGUGAAUUUAAACUUUUAAAACUGCUAAACUCUGCUAGAAUAAAUUGACAGUGAUGAUCAACACAUCAAUUUGUGUGGGAGAAGACAGUUUUACAGGUAUGACUCACACGCCUGAAUACCUUCAGAUGCAAUGAUUUAUGUGCACCAUAUUCAUUAGAUACUUUAGCAUUCCCUUGGGAUUCUUCCGGAAAAAAUAUAAAAAAAAGAAAAACAUAGACACAGCCUAAAUUCACACCGAAAACAAUGUGUGCCUCUUCCAAUUAGCUCUGACUUGUGUGACUUUUGUCUUGAUGAUUGAACAAUCUUGAAGAACAACUGCAAUGCUCAUCCUGUGUUCCCCAUAGCUGUUAUGUGACAAGGUUAUUGAUUAACUAAACUAUGUAUGAUCCAAGGAACAUCACUGAUGAUAUGCGACUGUUUUGUGACUGCUAACCUCACUCACUCAGGCAAAAUAUCAUUAAAAUGGUCUUUCGUAUGACA